UCUAUCGACAUCCACCACACUCGACUGCGUAGACUCUUUAUUGUGAAAACAGUUUCGCAGAUCCUCCUUUUCACAAAUAUCUGCGGCAUUCUCUCUGCAGCGUCACCUUUGAAAAAAAGCGGGACAAACCAAGAACUAUAAACUUACUUCACUCAUUUAAAUCCUGAGGUUCGUAGAAUGCGUAAAGCAAUGGCUCCUCCUCCUCCUCCGAGAGGGAAGUUCUCUGGUUCUGCAGAGAAUAUUUCUUCCUAUAGAUCCCUUGUUCUUCAGUUUGAUGAUAUUAUGCGGAGGAAUGAGGUUUUGUAUGAAAGCUGCGAAGAUAAAUUUUCAACCUAUGUAAUCAAUAGUGGUAUUUCUAUACGAAGGUUCAAGGAAAUUGAAAGAGAGAAUGAACGAUUGCAGUCACAGCUGGAUAAAUCCUUUCAGGAGGCUCGGAUUCUUGAAAAAAAGUUGAACCAAGCACGCAAUCUACUCGCCGAAGAAAAUGCACGGACUAGGAGGGCAGAGCAAGAACGAGAGGCAAUAUCUCAAAAGUUUGAAAUGGUUCGUGAACUAUUGUUAACAGACAAUGGGAACACUCUGAACAAUGAAACAAGGCAAAAGCUAAAACGAUUAGAGGCAUCGGUUACCAGUCUGAAGCAAGGAGCCAGGCUGGUAAUGUCUCCAGUGGGCAAAAUGUAA